UUUGCAACAAGUUCCAAUCUCCAGAAUCAUUUGCGCACCCACACCGGAGAGAAGCCAAUUGAGUGCACCUUGUGUGACAAAAAGUUUGCAACAAAUUCAAAUCUCCAAGUGCAUCUGCGCACUCACACCGAAGAAAAGCCAUUUGAUUGCACCUUGUGUGUCAAAAAGUUUGCAACAAGUUCCAAUCUCCAGAAUCAUUUGCGCACCCACACCGGAGAGAAGCCAUUUGAGUGCACCUUGUGUGACAAAAAGUUUGCAACAAGUUCCUAUCUCAAAGUGCAUCUGCGCACUCACACCGAAGAAAAGCCGUUUGAUUGUACCUUGUGUGACAAAAAGUUUGCGACAAAUUCCUAUCUCUUUAAGCAUUUGCGCACUCACACCGAAGAAAAGCCAUUUGAUUGCACCUUGUGUGACAAAAAGUUUGCAAAAAGUUCCAGUCUCAAAGUGCAUCUCCGCACUCACACCGGGGAGAGGCCAUUUGAGUGCACCGUGUGUGACAAAACGUUCUCCGCGCGUGACAGUCUGCUGAGACACCAGCGUACCCACUUCGCUAAUAGAAAGUAGACGUGUCAUAGAUAUCGAAAAGACGUCUGAGGAUAGACGCCUAGACGUCUAAUGACCAUCUACCAUAGACGUCUAAUAGAUGUCUAAUUUGGCCGCGAAAAUGAGAUCUUUUUGACGGCUAAGUGUAGACAUGGAAUAGAAGUAUGCAAUAAGAGGUCUUGUGGACGUGGACGUCCACGCUUCGAUUCGUUUUUAGACGUUGAGUGGACGUAAAUUAGAUGUUAGAGAUUUAACAUUGGUGAUCGUGCAGUCCUGUCAAAAGUGCUUUUUAUCAUUAAGAUAAAACAAGUAUCAUCUUAACGGCGUUAGGUGUGAAACGUACGGAAACGUAGGCCCAACUGGAUUUUAGAAUUAGAUGAGUUGAUGUAGAGAACCGCGUGCCGAUUCCCACCUUGGGUAGCAACUUGCGGCGGCCUAUUCGCUCCAGCACCGGAGGGGUUUGUACAACACUCUUCAGGGUCUGCCACGACGAUGUGUUUGUUUAGUAUGUAAUUUCAUAAACUUAUUCAUCAAUGUGAACUGCUUUGCUUUCCUGUAUUUGUGCAGACGUGGCUAUACGUUGUAGAUAAACUUAAAAAUCAUUUGUAGCAACUAUAAGCGGGAAUUUUAAUCGCACCUUCAAACCGCACUUACUCAUAUUAGCUAUAAGUAAGCUGACUUAUCACAUUGUCAUGCUAUACUAAAUUUGAUGCAAAUGUUACUCGUUUAGUUUACAUGGGUAGUUUUAAUGUACUGAUUUCUGAUUUCUUUAGUCCACUGUUUAUAAAUAUUUAUACAACGAGAAAAAUAAAAACGAUUAAUAUAAAUGGGAAACCUCA